AUGCCGGGGCUGACCAUCGGAGACACGAUUCCCAACCUGGAGGUGGAGACCACCCACGGGAGGCUGAAGCUCCACGAGUACGUCGGCGAUGGCUGGGCCGUCAUCUUCUCCGACCCAGGUAACUGCUCCUCCUUCCGCCUGCUACUUCCUUCUUCCUUCCUCCCUCCUCCCCUCAUCCUCAACGCCUCCGCAGGUGGGUCCACUCCGGAGCUCGCGAAGAUGGCGCAGUACGAGAACGAGUUCCGAAAACGCGGCGUGAAGCUCCUCGGCGUCUCCUGUGGCUUCGUCGAUCCCUUCUCUGUAAGGCCUCAUUCUCCCGCCGCCGCCGCCGCCUGAUCGCCGCCGUGAAAUUCCUUGAUUCUUCUUCUUCUUCUUCUUCUUCUUCUGUAGAGCAAGGUCUCGUUCCCGGUUGUGGUGGACCGGCGGCGGGAGGUGAUCCGGGAGCUGAAUAUGGUGGAGCCGGAGGAUAAGGACGACGACGGGAGGGACCUGCCGUCGCGGGCGCUGCACGUGGUGGCGGCGGACAAGCGGAUCAAGCUCAGCAUCGUCUACCCGGCGGUGGCGGGGCAGAACGCCGGCGAAGUGGUGCGGGCGGUGGACUCCCUGCAGGCGACGGCGAGGCACCGGGUGGCGACACCGGUGAACUGGAAGCCCGGUGAGCCAGUGGUCAUCUCCCCCAGCGUGCCCAAGGAGGAGGCCGAUCGGAUGUUCCCGCAGGGAUACCACACCGUCGACCUCCCCUCCAAGAAGUCCUACCUCCGUCUCACAAAGCUCUGA